UCAAAAUCCAAAAACUUAAAUUGACGUAUCAGAGAGACAAGCUACCAACGUUAAAAUAAAACUCAACUAUCUCAGUGAGCGAAGCUAGAGAGAGAAACAAACUAGAUAGAGAGAGAAAUGGCGUCUUGGUGUGCUGCAAGAACCUUCAACAUUCCACCCAUCAACGCCGGCGUUCUACACCGCCGUGCUUCAUGGGCCGCCGGAAUUGGCGGAGCAUCAGUUGCCGGCACCGCCAUGUGGCGUUCCUCUUCGUCUAAGCGCUCUUCGCCCUUCUUAUGCUUGAGCCUUUCCACUGAUGCUCGGAUUAAGGAAGCUGUUCAAACUGAAAAGGCCCCAGCGGCAUUGGGACCGUAUUCUCAAGCAAUCAAAGCCAACGACCUUUUGUUUGUGUCGGGUGUACUUGGUCUUGUUCCUGAGACGGGGAAGUUCGUCUCUGAUGAUGUUGAAGAUCAGACUGAGCAGGUUCUCAAAAACAUUGGGGAGAUCUUAAAAUCUGGGGGUGCAAGCUACGCAUCAGUUGUUAAGACGACAAUUUUGUUGGCUGACUUGAAGGACUUCAAGAAAGUUAAUGAGAUCUAUGCUAAAUGGACACCUCGACUGCAGGCAACCGUGGUCCAUAAUUCACUAGUUACGAUAUUUCUGAAUUUGCUUAGAACUAUGCUAACAUACUUUCCUUCACCUGCACCGGCACGGGCGACGUAUCAAGUAGCUGCAUUGCCGUUGGAUGCCAAGAUUGAAAUUGAGUGCAUUGCAGCACUGUGAGCUUCAAUUUUAGUUGUCUACAUGGCUCUUCAAUAAAACCAGGUCAAUAAUACAGGGGGAACAUUAUUUAGGAAAUAUCCAACCAUUGGUGUUUACUUUGGAUCAUGAUUCUCUUCUCAGAUUCUCUCUCAAGAUAUUAUGCUCAUUAAAAAUGAGAGAAAUUGAAAGAGUUCUAAUUUGUAAUGAAAUGAACCAUUGUUGGAUGUUAACUAAAUUAUUUCAACAAAUAAAGCGAUUUGACCCAUAGAUAUGUAGUAAA